AAAUGUCUGAAGAUGUAUGUGAUGGCAUCCCAUCUGAAGAAAAACCUGAAGUAACAGAAACGUUCAGCAAUGAGGUAUCGCCUCAUGAGUCAGUACCACACCCCGUGGAAGCUGAGAUCUUGCAUGAGUCUUCACAAGAUAAACAUGGACAGGCCACUCAGAGUGCCAGGAAUGGAGAGGAAGGAGACAUAUUUAUUAAUGAAAACCCUUUGACUGAAAAAAUAAUUGAAAGUCUGCCUUCCAGUGGAGAGGUGACUGAAGACAUGCCCACUGAGUGCAUUGAGACUGUAAACCUUGAUGCAGAACCUGAAUCUGAAGAAACACUGCAUGAACAAAGCAGUCCAGCCACAGACUCCUCAUCUAAAGCAAGUAGAUGGGGAGCUUGGGGUACCUGGGGAAAGUCUCUCCUGUCAUCAGCUUCGGCCACAGUGGGUCAUGGGAUAACAGCAGUAAAGGAAAAAGCAGGAACUACCCUAGGAAUUCAUAACACAAGUUCAGCAUCUUCAGAAACAACAGACCCUCCUGCAACUGAAACACCAAUUAUACAAGCAGAAGAUUCUCUGGACCAAAGCUCUUCUGAGAACAUUCCUUCUUCUCCUUCGUCUGGAUCUCGUGGCAUGUUGUCAGCUAUCACUAAUGCUGUACAGAACACAGGGAAAAGUGUAUUAUCUGGAGGCUUAGAUGCUUUGGAAUUUAUUGGGAAGACAACCAUGAAUGUCCUUGCAGAAAGUGAUCCUGGAUUUAAGAGAACCAAAACACUGAUGGCAAGAACAGUUUCUCUAUCUCAGCUGUUGCGAGAAGCUAAGGAAAAAGAGAAACAGAGGCGGGCCCAGCAAGUUACAGUUGAGAGAACAGCACAUUAUGGACUACUUUUUGAUGAGUUCCAAGGUUUGUCUCAUCUUGAAGCUCUGGAAAUCCUGUCAAAUGAAAGUGAAGCACAGAUUCAGUCAUAUUUAGCAACACUUGAUGGAAAGCAGUUGGAGAUUGUGAAAAAUGAUUUAAUUGCUAUAAAGGAGAUUUUUGUUCCAAAGGAAUCAGAUGAUGAAGCAGUACAGGCACAGAAAGCAGAUAUGGGAGAAGAGUUUGUCAGCAUGCUUACGGAACUGCUGUUUGAAUUGCACGUUGCUGCUACUCCUGACAAACUUAAUAAGGCUAGGAAAAAAGCUCAUGAAUGGCUUGAAGAAGCCAGUCUUUCCACCCCAGUAGACAUAGAAGAGAAGCUAAAAGAAAAAUCUGAAGAACCUGGUGAAGAAAAGACUGAAAAAGAAGAUAAAACUGACAGUGAUAAAACAGAAGUAAAUAAAAACAAAACUGUGGAGGAAAUCUACAUGCUGUCCAUUGAAAGUCUGGCUGAGGUAACUGCUCGUUGUAUUGAACAGCUUCAUAAAGUAGCAGAAUUAAUUCUACAUGGGCAGGAAGUAGAAAAAACAGCUCAAGAUCAAGCAAAAGUACUGACAAAUUUAACAAGUGCCAUGUGCAAUGAAGUUUCAUGUUUAUCAAAGAAGUUUUCCGAUUCUUUAACGGCGGCUGGGAGCAGUAUGAAGGCAGAAGCUCUUAACCCCAUCAUCAACAGUGUGCUAUUAGAGGGUUGCAACAGUACUACUUAUAUUCAGGAUGCUUUCCAGCUAUUGCUUCCAGUUCUGCAAAUUUCACAUAUCCAGACCAGUUGUUUGAAAGCACAAGAGUGACAGUUUCCCAGCAGUUGUCACCACGGGGCUUAACAGAAACCACAGACCUAAUGUCUUUAAUGUCUGCAGAUGGAAGAGAUGGUAUGAGAGACGUCUGGCCACUUAGAGUCCUCUGAAGACACUAAACGCGGUUUUGCACAUACAAUAUUGAACAACAUUUUGAAACUCUCUCAGACUUUUAGACUUUAGAAGUAGUUAGUAAAGUGAGUAAUAUCUUUUCCAUUAGAGUAUAUGCUUUGCAUUAAUUUAAACUGAAGUUUGUUGAUAUGAGCAUUGACUUAAAUACAGAUUCUAAAUGUUGACCCUUUCAGUUGUAGAUGGCGUAUGAAGCAAAUUAGAAUGUAAAGUUUUUUAAAACAUUUCAGCCCAAAUGAUCA